AUGUCGUCGAAAACGCUUCACAACGAGCACAUCAAACGGCCGAUGAACGCGUUCAUGGUGUGGUCACGCGGACAGCGACGGAAAAUGGCACAGGAGAACCCCAAGAUGCACAACUCCGAGAUCUCGAAGAGGCUCGGGGCUGAAUGGAAGUUGCUCAGCGAGAGCGAAAAGCGACCUUUCAUCGACGAGGCCAAACGACUCAGAGCCCUCCACAUGAAGGAGCAUCCGGACUACAAGUACCGUCCCCGCAGGAAGCCGAAGUCCCUGGUGAAGAAGGAGAACAAAUUCGGUUUCUCGAUAUCGCCCCUGAUGUCGUCAGGUGAAACCCUAGGCAACAUAUCGAGAGGUUUGCUGCCGCCAUUGGCGCCCCCGUCGCACCACGCGUUGAUGAGCCACGAGGACCUCAAGAUUCCCCGUUUUUUCCCGCCCUUUCCCUACCCCCUUUACCCGAUCCAGCACAAGCUCGGAGAGGAGUUCAACGGCGGCAAAUUAGCGGCGGAUUUGGCCUUUCAGGCGCUUUACGGGGGCGGCACGUUCUACUCGAGCCACCAGACGAUGUCCUGGCCGAAUCUGACGACGGCGGCGUGCCUACAGCCGAACUGCGGCUGCCCCAGUCCGCCCAAAGACCCGAAGAGGUCGUACCUGGCUACCAAACUGGAGGAAAGACCGUUCCCCAGCCCGGGGAAGCCGGACGACGACGGUUUCCCAUCGGACAGGGACUCCAGCAGGGAGGAAUCGCGGUACAGGAAGCUGGAGGACGACGGAUUAUUGUCCGUGGACAGACACCAGGAGGUUGACAACAGGUCGCAGGACCGUUUCUCCUCCUCCUCCUCCUCCUCGCCCAUCGAGCAAACGGAGAAAGUUGCUAGCGCUGGCUCGACGACGACGACGACGACGACGUCGACGAAGGUGGAGAGCGCGUUCUCCGUUCAGAAUCUGACCUCGUCCAGUUCGAACUUGGGCGCUCACCGCGGCCACGUCAUAUGA